CUAUGGAUUAUGUCUUGGGGCUCUCCAGUUUCGUCUUCAGUGCGUUUUGUUGCACGAAGGGGGGGAAUGGGGUUGAGGAUCUCCAGCAGGCUUUCAGGUGAUGAGCAGGCCUGCUGCAUGGUCCCUGAUCAGCUCUACUUGGAUUUAAACUCACUUUCCUUCCAACUUCACUUCUUUCUCACUGGCAUACCCUCCAUUUCUGGAAGAGGGGUUUCUUGUUGAUCACUUUUUUUUCCCUCAAAUUUCGCUUGAGGCCAAAGAUAAACUGCAAGUGAGGCUGCCACUCCAACCUACUGGACGAUCACCAAGCUGUUGAGAUUUGGGGUCCAGCCGUGCCAUGGAUAUACUUGCCUUAGAGGCGAAGAAAUCAAAUGGAGCAGAACUUGAGAAGAAGCCUGCGCCCAGGCCAAAAGCAAAACCACAGAAAAAGGCUAAAAGGAUCGUCUAUUUUGAGGUGGAGAUUGUGGACUUGAAGACUAAGGAGAAACUGCUGCUGCUGGACAAGGUGGAGCCAACAUCUACAGUUUUGGAUAUUAAAGCUUUGUUUCACAAAUCAUAUCCAAAGUGGUAUCCUGCUAGACAGUCUCUGCGUUUGGAUCCAAAGGCCAAGUGUCUCAGGGAUGAAGAAGUUCUCCAAACACUUCCUGUUGGAACCACUGCCAGCUUCUACUUCAGUGACCUCGGACCCCAGCUCACGUGGGGGACAGUGUUUCUAGCUGAAUGUGUUGGUCCGCUGAUUCUUUACCUAAUGUUCUACUUCCGACUUCCUUUCAUCUAUUCUCCAAAAUAUGACUUCACCAGCAGCAAGCACUGGGUCGUACACCUGGCCUGCAUGUGUCACUCCUUCCACUACAUCAAGAGGAUCUUGGAGACCUUGUUUGUCCACCGUAUCUCCCACGGGACCAUGCCUCUCAGAAACAUAUUUAAGAACUGUGGGUAUUACUGGUGCGCUGCAGCCUGGAUGGCAUACUACAUCAACCACCCUCUGUACACAACACCCUUGUAUGGGCAGCAGCAGGUGAACACAGGUCUUUAUAUCUUCUUGGUCUGUCAAGUAGGGAAUUUUUCAAUCCACGUUGCACUGAAAAACCUUAAACCACCAGGUUCAAAAGUCAAGAAGAUUCCUUAUCCAACAAGAAAUCCGUUCACGUGGAUUUUUUGGUUGGUCUCUUGUCCAAAUUAUACGUAUGAGCUGGGCUCCUGGAUCGGCUUCACAGUCAUGACCCAGUGUGUGCCUGUGGCUUUCUUCACCCUCGUGGCCUUUAUCCAGAUGACCGUGUGGGCCAAAGGCAAACACCGCAGCUACUUAAAGGAGUUCAGAGAUUACCCGACACUCCGCUCGUCCAUACUGCCCUUCAUCCUGUAGGGCCUGGAAGACAAAAAAAA